CCCUGAAUAUAUUCUUAGGUCCAUGCAGGUCCAUGGGUCAUAAAACACUGGUACUGGGCAUACAGUAGAGGCCGAAAUUCAAAAAGAUACAAUACAAAGGUCCAUAGUGCAGCUUCCACUUUCUCUGAUCCUCUUUAAUGUCACCAGACGGACUAGGCGCCUGAUCUAGCCUUAAAUUUAACUAGAAGAAACUAUGUUUUAUCACAUAUCAUUGGAACAUGAGAUUUUGCUACAUCCUAGAUAUUUUGGGCCUCAGUUAUUGGAUACAGUAAAACAAAAAUUGUACACAGAAGUUGAAGGCACAUGCACUGGAAAAUAUGGUUUUGUAGUAGCUGUAACAACAAUAGAUAACAUUGGUUCUGGUAUAAUUCAACCUGGUCAGGGUUUUGUAAUUUAUCCUGUAAAAUAUAAAGCUAUCGUUUUUCGCCCCUUCAAAGGAGAAGUUCUUGAUGCAGUCGUAACACAAGUAAACAAGGUUGGAAUGUUUGCUGAAAUUGGACCAUUGUCAUGUUUUAUAUCUCAUCAUUCUAUUCCAGCUGAAAUGCAGUUUUGUCCCAAUGUAAAUCCACCCUGCUACAAAUCGAAAGAUGAGGAUGUUGUUAUUCAAGCUGAUGAUGAAAUAAGAUUGAAAAUUGUCGGGACAAGAGUAGAUGCAACAGGAAUUUUUGCUAUUGGAACACUUAUGGAUGAUUUUCUUGGAUUGGUAUGCAACUGAAAUAAUAACAGAUGUGAAUCAAUGUAGAAGAGUGUGGAUUUAUAUCUUUAUAGUCAAUAAAUACUUUUUUCAAAAA